AUGGGUACUGGGCACGAGGGCACCCCUGCAAAGUCUUCAACCCCUGCUACUUCUACUCAGGAAGCACCAACUACACCUGCAUAUCCUGAUUGGUCAAGCACUAUGCAGGCUUUCUAUGGUGCUGGAGCUACUCCACCUUUCUUUGCUUCAACAGUUACCUCUCCUACACCCCAUCCCUACAUGUGGGGAGGCCAGCAUCCUCUGAUGCCACCUUAUGGGACUCCAGUUCCAUAUCCAGCUAUAUAUGCUCCUGGGGGAGUCUAUGUUCAUCCCAAUAUGGCCACGACUCCAGGCGCAGUACUUGGAACUCCAGACGCAGAUGGAAAAACAACAGAGGCAAAGAGCCGAGUUUCGAGCAAAAAAUCCAAGGGUACUUCAGGAAAUCAUGGGAAGACUGGAGAUGGUGGGAAAUCAGCUUCAGGCUCUGGAAAUGAUGUCGCAACACAAAGCGCUGAUAGCGGAAGUGAAGGUUCAUCGGAUGCAAGUGAUGAGAAUGAUAACCAGGAAUUUUCUGCAACCAAGAAAGGAAGUUUUGACCUGAUGCUUGCUGAUGGAGCACAUGCACAGAAUUCUGGUCCGGUUAACUUCCAGAAUUCAGUACCGGGGAAUCCUGUAGUUUCUAUGCCAGCAACUAAUCUGAAUAUUGGCAUGGACUUAUGGAAUGCAUCGUCUGCUGGUUCUGGGUCUAUGAAAUUGCGACCCAGUCAGCCUGGUGUUUCGCCAACUGUGGCUCCAUCUCCAUCUGGCAUGAUGAAUGAUCACUGGAUUCAAGAUGAACGAGAACUAAAAAGACAAAAGAGAAAGCAAUCUAAUCGGGAGUCUGCUCGGAGAUCAAGAUUACGGAAACAGGCUGAGUGUGAACAGCUACAACACAGGGUAGAGACUUUGAGUGGCGAGAAUCGUACACUAAGAGAUGAGCUGCAGAGGCUAUCAGAGGAAUGUGAGAAGCUCACAUCUGAGAAUGACUCCAUAAAGGAAGAAUUAACGAGGGUGUGUGGGCCUGAGGCGGUAUCUAAACUGGAGAACAGCAACUCAGUUAAUCAUAUUCAGUCUCGUGGCGAUGAAGGUAACUGUUAG